UCAGUAUUUGCACAGAAGAGGGAGCAUUAGCCAGGCUGUGACUCUGUGAGUCUCACAUAGAGCUCGCUCAUUCAGAUACUCAUAUUCUUACAAUGGCCACUGUAGGAAAGGCGAUUAAGUGCAGGGCGGCGGUGGCCUGGGGGCCCAACAGACCCUUGGUCAUGGAGGAGAUCGAGGUCGCGCCACCCGAGGCUCACGAGAUCCGCAUCAAGAUUGUUGCAACUGCGGUUUGCCACACAGACCUGUACUUCCUCCGCGAGCGUGGCAGGGGGGAGGGGUUUCCUGCCGUGCUGGGCCACGAGGGGGCGGGGACUGUGGAGAGCGUGGGGCCAGGAGUGACCAGGUUUAAACCAGGAGACACGGUCGUUCCUCUUUUUGUGUCUCAGUGCCGGGAGUGCCGAUUCUGCCGGAAUCCCAACACCAAUCAGUGUGACCAGAGCUGGUCGAGCCAGAGGCCAGGUAAAAGGCUGGAGGUGAGCUCGGACACCACGUCCAGACUGAAGUGCAGAGGCCAGACCCUGCUUCAGUACAUGGGCACCAGCACCUUCUCCGAGUACACCGUCGUCAAGGAAAUUGCAGUUGCCAAGAUUCCGGACUCGGCCCCGCUGGACAAAGCCUGUCUGCUGGGCUGUGGCGUUGCCACGGGCUACGGAGCGGCUCUCAAUACAGCGAAGGUGGAGCCUGGCUCUACGUGCGCGGUGUUCGGUUUGGGGGCCGUGGGUUUGGCGGCGGUGAUGGGCUGUAAAGCGGCGGGAGCUUCCAGGAUCUUCGCUGUGGACCUCAACAAGGACAAGUUCCCCAAGGCCCGAGCGCUCGGGGCGACCGACUUCGUGAACCCCAAGGACCACGACAAGCCCAUCAGCCAGCUGCUGGCGGAGAUGACCGACGGAGGGGUUGACUUCGCCUUGGAGUGUGUCGGCAACGUGGACGUGAUGAGAAGUGCUCUGGAGUCCUGUGUGAAAGGUUGGGGUGUCAGUGUGCUGACGGGGUACAAUGACAGUCAGGACGUGUCCACUCGAUGUGUACAAUUUCUUGCCGGACGGACUUUGAAGGGGUCACUGUUUGGUGGCUACAAGAGUGUGGACAGCGUGCCCAAGCUAGUCAGUGAUGUCAUGAGCGGGAAGCUGCAACUGGAUGAGUUUGUGACCAAAACCCUUCCCCUGGACCAAAUUAACGAAGCUUUUGACCUCAUGGCCAACAGUGAAGGAAUUAGGACAGUGCUGACCAUUUCAAUGCUGUGAGCCAAAACAGGAAGCGUAUUUGGUUUGAUGAGAAGAUGCUCAAAAUCUAACAGAAUAUAUGACAAUAACACAUUGACCUUCACAAUAAAAUAAAUGUCAUUUCAUCAUACAGACAAAACCUCGUUUAGGAGUUCUCAGAUUGGCUAUCUGGUUAAUUCAUUUAAUCAUUUGAAUGAAAAAAAACCUUUAUUGUCUCGAAGGGAAUUUGCUUUACUCAAUGAGGAGCCAGAAAAACACAUUCAGUUGACUAGAAAAUUGAGUUUCAAAGUCGCAGCGCUGAAUGUUGUGACAUGGAGUGCUUCGUUCACUUAUUAAAACAGGUCUGAAUUCUGUGCAAAUUUAUUCUUAAUUCUCCCAAGUUUGUUCAGUUUUCUCUUCACCAAAACAAUUUGACAAGUUCAUAAUUCACCAAAAAUUUCACUGCUAAGCUGCAUUUAUCUCUGAGUAAAUCCGAAGGACAAAUAUUUAGAGAAAUAAAAGCCAUCAUCUUUGA